CGGAUAUUAAUUUUUUAACUAGAUGUUACAACACGAGUCGUUCCUGUUGUAGUGACUUUAAGACUUUAUAUUAGACGAAAACACAAGUUGGAUUACAUGAUAUUAGACGAAAAUAAAUAUUGGAUACAAUGACGAUUAGCAGUUUGCUAAGAUAUUUCGCUAUCCUUUUAUUGCUAAGCAAAUAUAGUGAAGCAAACCAAACGCAGGUCCCUCUUAAGGUGACCGCAGAAUGCAAGGAGGCAAGUAUGUUAUUCUCCAUGGAACAUUCGGGAAUGGACGUCCAGUGGGAGAUUGGCAGCCUUCCCCUGACGCAGCGAAUGGCCAUGAUUCGCGGUUAUAUCAUGCGAAACAUCGCUCAGCACAUGACCCUGGAGGUCCCGUUAUUUUCUGUUGGUUACAGAUACGAGGACAUCAACCUCAAGCACUUCUAUGGGAGUUUUGAAGUAAUCUUCAGAGACACUGAGACCUUGAAUAUUUCAGUGACUAAAGUUCAGCGAUGUCUCUUCAAAACCCAUGAACUCAUAGUGUGUGACCCUGAGGGAGUGGUCAGUGUAGUGACGAGCACAGCCAUGGUCCUACCUCAGAUGGACCCCAACAGGACCUCCCUCCUGGAUAGCAGGUGUCGACCAGAGGAGACGGACAACAAUCGGAUGCUCUUCGUCUUCACAGUGGACACCUGUGGGACUAAGAGCAGGAUUGAUGCAAACUAUGUGACCUAUGAGAAUGAGGUUGUUUUACUGCAAGAGCUUUCCCCAGCCAGACAACCCAUCAUCACCAGAGACUCUGACUUCAGGCUGACUGUUCGUUGCCAUUACCGUGCUACGGCCAUCUCCAUUCUUCCUGUGGACAGCAUACCGCGCAACAGCCUUCUGACACCUGGCAGGGGCUCCAUCGUUGAGAUGCGGCAAGGCAAGACUAGAAAACGAAGCAGGUUUAAGGCUGUUGGCAGUGAUUUCAUUGGCAUUGUGAGGGCCAAGGCUGCAGUCCCACAGGCACAGCAGCUCAUGCAGGAUGAUGUCGCCGCAGAACCCGAAGGUGAGGAGAAUACGGCACAUUCCAAGUGCUGCUAAUGAGGUUUGGGCUGGGACUCGGUGCUUCAGUCUAUGUGCCGGUUCUGGUGAUCGUCUCUACUCUGGGCAUAUUAUUUGCUGCCGCAAUGACUAUGUUCUGUUUGAAAUAAACAAAUUCAAUCAA